CUGUUUCAAUCACAAAAUCAGUACUCAAAUUGAAUGGGUUGUUCUGGAAAUUGAAUGUGUAGAGUUUCUCUUCUCGGUGUGAAUUUUCCACCAUAGAUUUGGUUACUAUAAAAGGUAUAACAGGUUGAAAUUUUGUUCCUUCAACCCUUUUCCAAUGUUCUCUUGAGAUUUGUCAGUUUCCCUUAAACCACUGCACUCUUGGAGAUUUAUGGAGAAACAGAGGUAGAAAAGGACAUCAAAAACACCGUUCAGUGAAGGAGUAAAUUUUAUCAUGGGCCUCUAAAUACUCAAUAUAUUAGCCGAGUCCAAGUUGACUUUCAACAACUCAGCAAUAGUUGGUACACAUGUGUCCUGAUUUCAUUUGAUUAUUUUAAUUUCUGGCUCAGUUGUGGGGUGAUUGCUAUUGCUAAGAAGUGAGAAUCCACAGCAUUGACUUCAGAAUUCUCAUCAACACUUGAAUCUGCUACUUGGGUGUCUCAAGUUUUAUGCAAAUUCUGAGGUUCAGUAGCCCUAAGGUGAAUGAUCCAAUUUAGACUUUGACUAUGCUGCUAGUUAGUCUCAAGGACAUUCUUAAUCAGCAGUCUAACAACUAGGCCAUAGGCAAUAAUGUCCGUUCUCUGUGGUUUACCCCCUCUCCUUGAAUGUGUAUACGGUGUAGCUUGUGCCCGAUGGGCAUGGAAGCGGUGCCUCCAUAGUGCAGGACAUGACAGCGAAAAUUGGAGUGUUGCCACGGCUGAAGAAUUUGAACCUGUCCCUAGGCUAUGCCGAUACAUAUUGGGUGUAUACGAAGAUGAUCUUAGACAACCUCAGUGGGAACCACCUGAAGGAUAUGGAAUUAAUCCAGAUUGUUUAAUUGUGAAGAAAAACUAUCCAGAUACCGGUGGUCGAGCACCACCGUAUCUCUUAUAUCUGGAUCAUGAUCAUGCUGACAUAGUUCUUGCUAUUAGAGGUCUUAAUUUGGCGAAGGAGAGUGAUUAUGCAGUCUUGUUGGACAAUAAGCUGGGCAAACGGAAAUUUGAUGGUGGGUAUGUUCACAAUGGCUUAUUAAAAGCAGCUGGAUUGGUGUUAAAUGCCGAAUGUGAGAUCAUGAAGCAAUUGCUGGAGAAAUAUCCAAACUAUACCUUAACAAUUACCGGACAUUCACUUGGGUCAGGUGUAGCAGCGUUAUUGACAAUGGUGAUAGCACAAAAUCUUGACAAGCUGGGCAAUAUUGAUAGGAAAAGAAUCAGGUGCUUUGCUAUUGCACCAGCUAGAUGUAUGUCACUGAAUCUGGCAGUGAGAUAUGCAGAUGUCAUCAACUCCAUUGUGCUUCAGGAUGAUUUCUUGCCACGGACAGCAACCCCCUUGGAAGAUAUAUUCAAGUCACUAUUCUGUUUACCAUGCCUCUUAUGCCUAAGGUGCAUGAGAGAUACAUGCAUCUCAGAAGAGAAGUUGCUCAAGGAUCCACGAAGGCUUUACGCCCCAGGUCGCCUCUACCACAUUGUUGAGAGGAAACCUUUUAGAUGUGGACGAUUUCCACCUGUUGUGAAGACUGCAGUUCCAGUGGAUGGGAGAUUUGAGCACAUAGUUCUCUCUUGUAAUGCUACUUCUGAUCAUGCAAUUAUCUGGAUAGAGAGAGAAGCACGAAGGGCCUUGGAAUUGAUGCAAGAGAGAGAUCAUGUGACGAAAAUUCCAGCAAAGCAAAAGAUGGAGCGACAACAGACAUUAACUAGAGAGCACAACGAGGAGCAUAAAGCUGCUCUACAGAGAGCUGUCACCUUGGCUGUUCCAGAUGCUUUUUCACCUUCUUAUUACGGAACUUUUGAUGAACUAGACGAAGAACAGUCUGAUACAUCAGUCCGGGAUUCAUCCCCAGGGUCGUCAAGUAGAAGCAAGACCAAAGAUAACUGGGAUGAACUGAUUGAGCGUCUAUAUGAGAAGGAUGAAUCAGGUCAUAAGAUAUUAAAAAGAUCAAGAUCCCAGUGAUACACAAUGUUGUAAACUCAUCAUUCUUUGAUUAAACCAUAAUUCUUUUAAUCUCAUUUUGAUUGACACUAUGGUUCUUUCUUCUGUUUUUUUUUUUUGGUGUGUCAGCCUGUAAGGGCUUGUAUCAAUAUAAAUCUAUAGAACUUUCAGAACAUAUGCUAAAAUGGAUGUAUUUAUUAGUCCUUUUUUUCUGUAAGAUUAUUAUGUGUGAA